ACAGCCACAUUUUCAAGCAAGUUCGCGAACAGCAAAGUUCUGCAUCGCUCGAAAGGAAACGCUCUCAAACGUAACGGAAACAUAUUUUUGUUGGUUAACUUUUUGGUUUGUGGGUACCAGCGAAAUUUGUUCCAAAAGUGGUCGGAAUGGUAGAAAGACGCACAUCGCUUAUCGGACACAAAGAUGGCAGCCUUAAAUAGACAGUUUUCCCUUCAGUUCCCCGAUAUGACAGCGACGCAAGCAUUCUUCCUUUUUUGCACUCUAUUGCAGCCCAUUUUUACCGAAGGUCAAAUACCAAAGCCCGAGCCAGAAUUUCUGGCUGCCUUAGAGAAUCAGACAGUCACUCAAGGCAGGGAUAUCGUCUUUACUUGCGUUGUCAACCACUUGUCGAGUUACAAGGUUGCUUGGAUUAAGUCCGACUCGAAAGCAAUUCUUGCCAUUAACACACAUAUGGUGGCGCAAAAUCCACGACUCGAGGUUACUCACAAUGGACAUAAUACCUGGAAACUAAAGGUACAUAAUGUACAAAAGAGUGACGCAGGGACUUACAUGUGCCAGAUUAACACCGACCCAAUGAGAAGCCAGUUGGGAGUGCUAAAUGUAGUAAUUCCUCCGGACAUCUUGCCGGACAACGAAUCUGCUGAAGGUUCUGGAAUUUCGAUAGAAGGAGGUAUCAUUCGUUUAAAAUGCAAAGCGGUUGGAGUACCAGAUCCUACCGUCAGCUGGAGGCGAGAGGACGGGAAAAACAUUGUCUUGAGGCAUGAAGGAGGGAGAGAAAAGGCUGUUAAAAGCUUCGAUGGCGAAGUACUUACGCUGACCAAUGUGCAAAGAACAGACAUGGGAAUCUAUUUUUGCAUUGCAAGAAAUGGUAUUCCCCCAUUAAUCAGCAAGAGAUUUGAGGUCAUCGUGCAUUUCCACCCCCUUAUAAGCGUUACGAAUCAACUUCUGGCUUCGCCGAUUGCCCGAGACGUAGUAAUGCAGUGCGAGGUUCAAGCAUCCCCAAAAGCUAUGAACCAUUGGAUGCGGGACACCGGAGAAAAAAUUAUAUCCAGUGAUAAAUACGUAAUGGAAGAGCUGCAGAAAAACGAAUAUUCCUUACAGAUGAAUUUACGAAUACGGAACAUCGAACGACGGGAUAUUGGUGGUUAUAUUUGUACAUCAUCUAACGCUUUAGGUAAAGCGGAAGGAACGGUUAGAUUACAAGAAAUUCACUUACCGCUUGAAACAACAACAACGACCACAACGCCAAGAUAUGUAGCGACAAAACCGCAUAAACCUGCAAUAAAAACGGCAAAACCCAAGACUGGAAAAGCAAGGAAAAAAGAGUCUGACAGCAAAAAAGAAGAAAAAGACUCGGAAACUCCAUUUCUCCCUGAAAUCAAGUCACCGACACCAAUAUCUGUUCUUGCUACCACUACCCAGACUCCCUCGGUCAUUUUGCAGCAGCGAAAUGGCGCAAUGAUUUUAUCAAAUUUAUAUACAUAUAUUUUUAUUGGAUGCAUUUCAACACAUCUGGUGAUUCUAGACAAUAGUUCAUAAAUUAUUACUUGUAAGUGUAUAUAGAAAAUAUUGUUGGAAGUUGAAGAAACGGAUGCCUGAAGUAGUUCAGUAAAACACUACGAUGCAUUUUACAGUUACUUGAAACUAUCAGGACAAAUUAAGUUAAAUUACUGAAUGUAACACAUACAAAGUCUAUCAAGUCAUGAGUACAAGAAUCUAUGAAAAAUAUCUAAGCGAAAACAUCCUACGGAUAUGUAGAAGAAAAGUAUUCACAAACCCUACAGAAGAAAGGGCACAACUACGUUUCACCUUUGUGUAUGUGCAAAUGCUUCAGACAUUUAUUUCCAUUGAAUGCUGCACUAGUUGUGAAUCGGAAUCUGUCUUCGUUCAUUUUGCAACUGCAUACUCGAAGAAGUUUUGAUUUGUCAGAUGAGUUUUACCACCAUAUUUUUAGCGUUUCCUGCAUCUAACGUCGUAUUAUGUAAGAUUAAAUAUGUGAAAGUCAUUGACGUAGUUUAAUUAUUCCUAUUAUUAUUCUACUAUUGAAUUUGAAACUCGACACAAAACUUCAUGCUGUAUAUGUGUAGUCCAACUAUCAGGAUUUGAUUUAUUUGAAAACUAAAUGGCCGCGUUUCACCUAGAAUGUUCCCACUUUUAACAUGUUUUAAUUGCUGGAAUAAGUACGUUUUUUUCCAUUAUUGGCAUAACGUGUCUUUUUGUUUUGGGAGUUUUUGCGUACUCAGCCCCACGAAUAGUGUAUAUUAUUAUUACAUGUAACACGUCAAAUAUGUAGAGAACUAUCCAAAAAUAUAAAAAAGGUAGCUGUGUUAAAGAACUAAAAUCGCUUUUCUUACUGAAAAUGCUAAGAAUGGUAUCCCUAAUCUCCAAUAUUUUUAAUUUCGAGCAGUUAAAAUAAACGCUAAAUGUUCAUUAAUAAAUUUUAAAACAUUCAUUCAGUGCAAGUCCAUAAGAUCCAACUAUUAUCAUAAUCCUAAGCAUGCAUAAAAAAUACUUCAUGAAACUACUCCCUGUAAAACAAAUGAGCGGUAAACUAAACUGGCAUCCUUUUCAUUCAAUAACUUUUCACGUAAUUCGAAGUAGUUUUGUACUACAUUCGCAAAAUCAGCGAAUAUUGAAAAUAUUCAUUACAUUCAAGAAAAAUAUAUAAAUCUUGUAUUUUGUACGAUAUUGCGGUAACUCUCUCCAUCAAACAAAAAUGAUUCUAAUUCGUUGUAAAAGUAUUUUCUGGUUUACAGUGAUGGGACACGGCAGCUGCCCAUUUACCUAUCCAUUAAUUUUAAAGGGGCUUAUUCCCUUAUUAACAAUACAGGGUAAUCUGAACUAAUUUAUAAUAUUUUUUUUAUCAUUAAACAGCAUUUAAUUUGUGAUCAGUUAAAAGUUACUGUUUGAUUUAUAAGUUUUUAGAAUAAGUAUUGGAAUUCCUAGACCAUAGACAAUAAACAAAAACAAUGUUUCUGUAGUGGGCUCGAUGACAUUGUAGAAUUAUUAUAUUAACUCAGUAUAUUGUCAUGUUAGUAACACAUAUCAAGAGUUGCUUAACAAAUAAAUAGUUAAAGAUAGCUCAGAAUAUAGUCGUCAGUAGCCAAUAUUAAGAUCAGCAUAUAAGACAACUAAGGAAAUACAACCAACAUAUUGCUUUGGAAGCAGCACAUAUCACAAAUUGGAUAAAAUGAACAUUAAAAAGAAAAUUUCUAAAGUAAGUGUUAUAGCAAAGCUGCAAAUAGCUACCCAAAAAAAAUUCUCAGUAUUUUGAUAUAAGCAGCAGGUACAUAUCAAGUGCUAGAUCAAUAUCCCUUAAACAUCAAUUCUGCAUGUAUGUCCUAAUAACCCUUAUAUUAUUCUAAUAUGGCAAUUUUCUGAAUAAUCCUUACAACGAUACAUUAUACAAUAAAUAAAUUUGAACAACUGGCUCGAUACAUUUCUUAUAAGAAAAUUUUACAAUAACCAAAAGUUAAACUAGUUGCUUUAGGCAAUAUAGACGACAAUAAAAUACUCAGAACUAUAUCAAGCAAAACUGUUUAAAUAUCAUUUAAUUUAAGAUUAGGGUGACAAUAACAUAUACACAAAUAAUAAAAACCUAAUAUGAAUGAUUAAAGAGAGACACUAUAUAUUCUCUUUUUUUUUGAAGAAAAUCAUCAGCUUCUGAACUAACGAAAUUUACAAAGUGAAUUUUAAAUAGUUUUAGAAGUUAGUAAGUGUUCUUGUCAUAUUUCAAAAACUAAAAAAUUGGAAUUCUUUUAGUAAACUAACCAGCAUAUCCACAUAAGAAGAUCUCAAGGAAGUAAAUACCCAUAAAAAGAGACUUUUUAAAAUUCACAUUGAAUGUUUAUAUUUGAUAGGAAAGAUUAGACGUAGCUAUAAAUCGUAAAAUGUCUUCCGCAAGAACAUUAUAUACAGUAUUUGUGAUUUUUUAGAUUUAAUUUUCAGUACCAUAAGUCAUAAGAUCUAGUAAUAUAAUGAUCUUCGAAUGUAUUGACAGUAUUAUAGACGUACUUAUACCUGUGUAUACCGAUUAAGUUUCAUGUAAAAUUUUUAUGUGCCAACAUUUCAGAUUGAAAUAUUCAAGCUCUAUUUUUUAGACUCACAAUUACCAACAGCCUUUGUAAUAAUGGUACUAUGACGGUACACACAAAUGAAGUUUCGUUCGAUUUAACAAUCGAAAUUCAAUUGUUAAAAUUGAAUGAAACUUGAUAGGAGAUAAGAAAUGUUAUGCAUAUUACAAUAAUGCAUUUUGGAAAGUAAAAUAAAUUGCGCAAACGCAACGUAGCUCUGAAUAUAUGGGAAAUGCAGUUAAGUUGAAUUGUUUUUGUUUUAUUAAUUAAACUGUAGGCAUCUAGGAUAAUUAAUCUAAGUAUCUACAAUCAUAAAAUGUUUAUCUAGAGUAGCUAUAAAAUAAAUACCUGUUAUUACAUUUGUUAUGUACCAAAUUGAUGUAUAUUGUCGAAAGCAUAAUAUUA